AAAAUGGUAAAGUGGAUGAAUGGAUAGGGUAGAGAUAGAGAUAACUGAUAACAGGAAUUUGAUAUUCCAACGGCCAUGGCUUGUUGUACAAGGAGCUUAAACAGAUGGGCAAUCAAUAAUCUUCAGAUUAAUUCAAAUAAAAAACAUGAACGUGAACAUGAACACGAACAGCCUUCGAUUGUCUCAAUACCCACUUCAAGAAGAAGCGCAAUUUUGAUAUCUUCACUGUCGAUUUCGUUCCCUCAAUUAUCAGAGGCUAGAGAGAGACGCAGCAAGAAGAAGAUUCCUCUUGAAGACUAUCUCACUUCCCCUGAUGGGUUGAAAUAUUAUGAUCUUAUUGAGGGAAAGGGUCCCGUAGCUCAGAAAGGAUCAACGGUUCAGGUACAUUUUGAUUGUAUAUACAGGGGCAUAACAGCGGUCUCAAGUCGAGAGUCCAAGCUAUUGGCUGGAAAUCGUGCCAUCGCACAGGUAUAUGAGUUUAAAGUUGGAGCAGCUCCGGGCAAAGAACGAAAGAGAGACUUUGUGGACAACCCAAAUGGCCUAUUUUCAGCUCAGGCUGCCCCUAAACCACCUGCUGCUAUGUACUCCAUAACAGAGGGGAUGAAAUUAGGUGGAAAGAGGACUGUAAUUGUUCCUCCUGAGUCCGGCUAUGGCAAGAGGGGAAUGAAUGAAAUCCCACCAGGGGAAACCUUCGUGCUGAAUAUUGAGCUCUUAAAAGUGACACCACCUGAAGAAAAAUGAGCUCAAUUUCAAAUACAAGGAAAGUCUCAUGCUGGAUGAAAGUUUUGGCCAGAAGAAAGAAACGAAGCUUCACUUUCGUGUUAAUUGUUCUUCAGUUCCACGCAAGUCGAAGAGACAAAUUGGUAUUUGAUUCAGACUUUUUAAAACAAAAUUGAAUUGUACACAGAGAUUAGGGGAAUAAUAGUCCAUGAUGACAACAUGAUGUUCAAAUUCUUGCCAUUUCAAAUAGAGAUGCUUGUCGCAUUUAUUUCAGAUAAAAUACUUAAGUACUAAUUUAGCUUGA